CAUUUUACGAUGCGAUCUUACACUCGGCCACAAUGUCAUUACGGAGUUGAUCCUCUUUUGGUCCUUUUUUGACUUAAUUCGUGCCAUACCAACUUUCUUUAAGUUGAUUUUUUUUGGAAGAUUUUAUCGGCAUUUCGGCUGAUAUAGAAAUUUUAUUUUUUUUGUCUAAUUGAGAAUGAAGAAAUAUUUGAUAUGCCAGAACAAUCAUUAAAUUUAGACGAAGAUUUGCCCGCUCAGGACAUAGCUAAAGAAUUUUAUGCCAAAUACGAGCCCAAAGAAGUACUGGGACGAGGUAUAUCAAGUACAGUCAGGAGAUGCGCAGAAAAGGAGACAGGUCAUCAUUAUGCAGUAAAAAUUAUUGACUUAACAGGAGAUAAAGACUCAGAGAACGAUCAUCGUGAAGAAUUGAGAAUAGCUACGAAAAAAGAGAUAAAUGUCCUUCGCAUGUGUGCACAACAUCAAAAUAUCAUUGAACUCCAUAAUACGUUUGAAUCUCCAACGUUUAUAUUUUUAGUUUUCGAGCUUUGUCAAAAGGGCGAGCUAUUUGAUUUUCUCACUCAGGUCGUAACAUUAUCAGAAAAGCGAACAAGAAUCAUUAUGAAGCAAUUACUUGACGCCAUAGCCUAUAUACAUUCUAGAAAUAUAGUUCAUAGGGAUGUCAAACCCGAAAAUAUUCUAUUAGAUGAUAAAAUGAAUGUAAAACUCUCAGAUUUUGGUUUUGCCACAGUUAUUAAUUCUCAGCACGAACUUACUGAGCUUUGCGGUACUCCUGGUUAUUUAGCUCCUGAAGUCCUUAAGGUCUCUAUGUAUGAGGAUGAACCUGGCUAUGGAACUGCAGUUGAUCUUUGGGCCUGCGGUGUGAUUAUGUAUACUCUCCUAGUUGGUUGCCCACCGUUUUGGCAUCGAAAGCAAAUGCUAAUGCUGCGAGCUAUUAUGGAAGGCAAAUAUAAUACGUCAACAGCAGAAUGGUUAGAUCUUUCUGACACUUCCAAAGAUUUAAUUGAAAAGCUACUGCAAGUUGAACCGGAAAAGCGAAUAACAGCUAAGGAAGCAUUGUGUCAUCCAUUUUUCUAUAAGGAAGGAAUUGAACGCGAAAUGAAAGAGUUUUUUCCAAAAAGAAAAUUUAGAGCAUUAGUUUUCGUUGCUACUGCUAUAUGGCGACUGCGUAAUUUACAUAAAAAUCCGCCUCCUAUAUCAAUGAAAUGUUUGAAAGAAGAGCCCUAUUGCGUGAAGGGUAUAAGAAAACUAAUUGAUGCUGCCGCUUUUAAAAUUUAUAGUCAUUGGGUUAAAAAAGGCGAAAAGCAAAAUAGAGCUGCAUUGUUCCAAAGUAAUGUUAAGUGUGACAUUCAAACAGAUCACUGA